CCGCGAAAGAGGGCGCUACUCCUCGCUGCACGGCGCAUUGGCCGGCGGCAUGAUCGCUCUGCCUCACGAGCCGGUCGCAGCCCCGCUCGACGAUGCGGAGCCGGACGAAUUGACGUGUCCAAUUUGCUACACCAUGUUUCGCGACCCGGUGAUUCCCACCGACGAGCCCCGCGUGUACGAAAGGGACGCGCUUCUGGCGUUUUGGCGGCGGCGGCCUCUCGCCUCCUUCUUCGGCGGCGAGUCGUUGGCGUCUGCACGGAUGGAGCCGGCGCUGCACGUGCGAGAGCAGGUUGCCGCGUGGCUCGCCGCCCACCCAGGCCACACGCCGGAGGGGUGGACGAGCCGCGAGCCUGGCCCAACCUCGUCUCCUGCGGAGCUCGACCGGCUGGCGUCCGAGAUCGCGCACCUCGCCGCCGUGCGGCGGGCGGCCGAGGCGGCCGAGGCCUUCGCUGCCGACGAGGACCGCGAUCCGGGCGGCGCCGGCGGCGAGGCACUGCUGCUGCUCCGCGCCCAGGCCACCGCUGUCCGGCUGCGCGGGGCAACCGGCCACCCCGCACGUGCCGCCUUCACGGGCCGGUACGUGCGGCGCGACGACCUACCGCUGCUCGCGGGCCGGUUCGCGUUUGCGAAGCAGGGCGAUCCGGACAAGAUGCUCUGGUUCGCGCGCAACGGCUUCUGGCACGCUGGCCGCGCCGCCGACCUCGGCCGGCAGACCGGCUUUCUGAUCGUCGCCGACUCUGCGGGCGCACCGGAGCACAUUGUGGGCGAGUGGCAAGUGGCGGGGCCGCGGGGUAGUGGGUUCGUGCCGGCGCCCGGCCUGCGGUUUGGGCGAGACAACUCGCCGAAGCGGCGCCGGUCGGUCGCACGGCGCUGGCUCGGGUCGUACGACAGGCUGGACCGGGUCGGCGGGAGGCACGUCUACUGCCGCCGCGGCUCGAGCAGCCGCGUGCUCUGGUUCACCGCCGGCUUCUGGCACUUCGGCUCCCAGACCGCCGCUCUCUUCGUCGCCGACAGCGCCGCCUGCCCCGAGGCGAGGCGUGCCGCGGCGUGGGGGCCCUCUCGGCCGGGGACUGCAGACCGCCGCACUUGCGCGUAG